GCUGAGACUCGGGGCAGGCGAUGAGCGCCGUGAUGGGGAGCCGGAAAGGCCUCUGCCGCAGACAUGGAGAAACUCAGCGCACUGCAGGAGCAGAAGGGCGAGCUGCGCAAGCGGCUGUCCUACACCACGCACAAGCUCGAGAAGCUGGAGACCGAGUUCGACUCCACACGCCACUACCUGGAGAUUGAGCUGAGGCGUGCGCAGGAGGAACUGGACAAGGUCACGGAGAAGCUGCGCAGGAUUCAGAGCAACUACAUGGCGCUGCAGAGGGUCAACCAGGAGCUGGAGGACAAGCUGUACCGCAUGGGCCAGCACUAUGAGGAAGAGAAGCGUGCACUGAGCCACGAGAUUGUCGCCCUCAAUAGCCACCUGCUGGAGGCUAAGGUGACCAUUGACAAGCUAUCAGAGGACAACGAGCUCUAUAGGAAGGACUGCAAUCUAGCGGCCCAGCUGCUGCAGUGCAGCCAGACCUACGGCAGGGUCCAUAAGGUGUCCGAGCUGCCCUCGGAGUUCCAGCAGCGCGUGAGCCUGCACAUGGAGAAGCACGGCUGCAGCCUGCCCUCUCCGCUCUGCCACCCAUCCUACGCAGACAGCGUCCCCACUUGCGUCAUCGCCAAGGUGCUGGAGAAGCCUGACCCCACCAGCCUGUCCUCCCGCCUGUCGGAUGCCUCCGCCCGUGACCUGGCCUUUCGCGACGGGGCAGAGAAGCCGGGCCCGCGACCCCCGUACAAGGGGGACAUCUACUGCAGCGACACGGCCCUCUACUGCCCGGAGGAGCGGAGGCAUGACCGGCGACCCAGCGUGGACGCGCCCGUGACCGAUGUCGGCUUCCUGCGGGCGCAGAACUCCACCGACAGCGCGGCCGAGGAGGAGGACGAGGCGGCGGCCUUCCCCGCGGCCUUCCGUCACGACGCCUUCCCAGGCUACGCGGGCUCGCUGCCCACGUCCAGCUCCUACUCGAGCUUCAGCGCCACGUCUGAGGAGAAGGAGCACGCGCAGGCCAGCACGCUCACCGCCUCGCAGCAGGCCAUCUACCUGAACAGCCGCGAAGAGCUCUUCAGCCGCAAGCCGCCGGCCUCGGCCGCCUACGAGAGCAGCCCUCGUUUUGCCAAGGCCGCCACCGUGGCAGCGCCACUGGAGGCCGAGGUGGCUCCAGGGUUUGGGCGGACAGUGUCUCCAUACCCUGCAGAGCCCUUCCGCUACCCGGCCUCCCCGGGGCCCCAGCAGGCCCUGAUGCCCCCAAACCUGUGGAGCCUGAGGGCCAAGCCCGGUAGUGCCCGGCUGGCUGCAGAGGACAUGCGGGGCCAGUGGCGACCCCUGAGCGUGGAGGACGUGGGUGCGUACUCGUACCCUGCCAGCGCCGCAGGCCGCGCCUCGCCCUGCAGCUUCUCCGAACGCUACUACGGUGGCAGCGGGGGUAGCCCAGGCAAGAAGGCCGAGGGCCGUGCCAGCCCCCUCUAUGCCACCUAUAAGGCCGAUAGCUUCUCGGAGGGUGACGACCUCUCCCAGGGUCACCUGGCUGAGCCCUGUUUCUUGCGGGCAGGUGGCGAUCUGAGCCUCAGCCCCAGCCGCUCAGCUGACCCACUCCCCGGCUAUGCGGCCAGCGAGGGGGAGGGGGACAGGCUCGGGGUGCAGCUGUGCGGGGCUGGCAGCAGCCCCGAGCCCGAGCAUGGCUCCAGGGACUCCUUGGAGCCCAGCUCCAUGGAGGCCUCACCUGAGAUGCACCCCGGCGCCCGCCUCAGCCCCCAGCAGGCCUUCCCGCGGACUGGCAGCUCGGGGCUGAGCCGCAAGGACAGCCUCACCAAGGCCCAGCUCUACGGAACCUUGCUCAACUGACCGCUGCCACCAGCUAUGGUCAGGGGCUCCCAGCCGUCCCCCCCUGCCCGUGGGGCAGCCGACCCCCACACCCCAGCCCUGCCAGGGAGCCCUGGUCCUGUUGACCCCUCGCCCCUCAUGGUAGAGCCCAAGAGGAAGACCCUCUGCCUUUGUCUGUCUACCCCAGGCACACCGCGAACCCCACCUCGACCUUGUCACACUGGGCCCUCCCCCUGAAGUGAACAUCUCCCCUUUUUUAAGUGAAACUAUUUUUAUAGCGUAAAGGGUGUUUCUUCACGCACUUGCCUCCAGCUCCUGGCAGCAGCCUUGGUGUUUCCCACACGAAGCUCCUUCAUUUUCCGGUGAGGGCGCGUGGGGCACUGGGGAGGCCAGGCUUCACACGAGGGGAGAGCCUAGCAAGCCAGCACUGGGGAGCCCCAAAGUUCUGUCCACCAAGAGGGGAACUGAAGCCAGGGAGGGAGGGCUCAGGACAUGUCUUACGAACCCAUUUCUCACAGUGCAGCCAGCACUCUGCCUUGAGCUACUCCACAGCCCUGGGCCCGAGUGGGGCCCAGGACACCCCAGGACGGCCGGUGCUCGUCCCUCCCCGCCCCCACCACCCGACUCUACCUCAGACAUAUGAGGCCCCUCUGACCCUGCGCGCCUGUCGUCUGUGAUGCAUGCCGUCCGUUAGUACUGUAUUUUGCAUUCAUUAAUAAAGGUCACCAGUGGAAAGAA